UAGCUGCUUAUAGUGUUACUAAUACUACAGGGAACCGGAAAAGUACUUCCUACUAGUUUCUACGUUACUUUGUAGUCAUUACACACUUACGGCUGGAUUGAAACAUUUUUGAUGACAUCAAGUGAUUUUCAGGGAACAUGCUAUUGUCUUUUAGGCCUAGAUUAAUUUCUAAUGUUUUGAAAGGAGGGCUGUCUCUGGGACCCAAACAUUAUUUUACUUGUGAUUGUUGGCGCCAGCGGAACUCGAAGUUGAAGACGAGAAUUUCAUCAUCAUCCUCCAAUCAAGUCGGACUUCAACUUCAAGGUUUCGCUGAUCAAAGACCAAAACAUGAUAUUCAGCAGGAGCGAAUAAGAACUUGCCUUUCAUGGACAUCAAAUGGUGAUGAAAGUGUGUCAAGAGUGGUUUCUAAACUGGUUGAAGAAUUUGAAAAUGAAGAUGUUCCAGAAGCAGAUGUUUCUGCUGAGUACAUUGUUGCUCAUGCUUUAGGAAUUAAGCAGCUUUCAGAUUUUGCAAGAAUUGACCAAACAAAGAUCUUGUCUUCUGAUGAAAGAAAGAGGAUCACUGACUUAGCCAUUCAGAAAUUGGCAAGAGUACCAAUGCAGUAUAUUAUAGGAGAAUGGGAUUUCCGUGACAUCACUCUCAAGAUGAAGCCUCCAGUUUUUAUACCUAGACCAGAGACAGAGAUGUUGGUAGAUCUACUUGUCAGUCAUUAUGAAGAGGAUGAAGAACUUAGAAUUCUUGAAGUUGGGUGUGGUUCUGGUGCCAUUUGUCUCUCACUCCUCUGUGAAUUUGAAAAGGCACACAUAACAGCAAUAGAUGCAAGUAAGGAUGCUGUUAGGCUAACACAAGAAAAUGCCUUAAGGCAUGGUCUAAGCAAUCGUCUCAGUGUUCACCACUCUGCUCUGACUAAUGAGAGUCCUCUACGUCUUGAUUCCAAGUACGGAAACAGAUACCAGUAUGAUGCCAUUGUCAGCAAUCCACCUUACCUUUUCACCAAGGAUAUGGAUGACCUUGACCCAGAAAUCUUAAGGUAUGAAGACCCAAUGGCAUUGGAAGCAGGUGCUGAAGGUAUGGAUGUCAUCAAGUCAAUCAUCAAACAUGCACGGUUUCUUCUUAAACCUUUCGGGUUGAUUUGGCUAGAGACAGACACCAGGCACCAUCACAUGAUACAGGAAUGGCUUACUGAUUACCCAGCUUUCUCCCUUCAGUUUAACAACAGUUUCUUGGACUUUACAGACAGAGCAAGAUUUUGUCAACUAGAGUAUUCUCCAUGACAAGCAUUACAUUACUAAACAUUUCAGAAGACACGGUUCGGCAUUAAAAGUAUGGCUCCUUGAGAUGUACAGAUGUCAUUGAGAGACCGAUGUCCUUUCAAAAGUCCUGGAGAUAAGGGAUUCUCACCUUGACCAAGUGAAAUCUGAAAGUCAAGCAUUGAUGAGAGACUCGUUCUUUGGACCAGACUGACAAAUAUUUGCUGAAUGGUCGGACUGAUCAGUGGACUUUGGAAGAUACUUCCAACAGUCAAGCAAGGAUUUUCAAUAGAUUUGUCAUCAAACGGUGGCAGCGUUAACAUCAAAUCUUAAAAAGGUUAAGUUUUUGA